AUGACAGAUAUUAAAGAUAUAUUUCAAUCUAAAGAAUCUGUUAGGAACAACAAAAUUGAAACUUUAAAAAAUCGAUUAGACAAUUUGAUAAAAGAAGAUAGCUGGGAGGUAGAAGAUAUUUUUACUGAUCAUAAUUACUGUAUUGCUUCAACUAGAGAUUCUAUCACCUACUAUAUAUGUGGUUAUUUGUGUUACCAAAUUAAGAAAAGAACUAGUUGUAGAAUAUGUUUCAAAGCAAUGAGAGAAGGAGAUGAUUCAAUUCCAGAAGCAGCAUUGACAAGUAUUAAAUCAAAAGGAAGAUUAAUACAUCCAAAUAAACAUAUAUAUUCUUUUAUAUCUGCCUUGGAAGAAGUAUUUGAAAUAUUCUGUAAAAGUUUCAAUGUGUUUGAAGAAACAGUAGAUUAUUUCCUAGAACACAAAACAAAUCUAUUGACUUUUCCUUGCGAGUCCCACAAAAGUGAAAUUUUGACAUAUAUUAUAACUUAUUACUUAACCAUGAGAAUGAGACAAUAUUCACAAAUGACAAAUCAAAAACAAAUCAAAGUAAGCUCCAAAAAGAAGAAAUUGUCAAAGUAUUUAUAUGUAAUGUCACGAAAACAACUCCGUGAUUUUGAUAUUUUGGAAUUGCUUGGUGACGGCCAAGACUCAGAUUUAUCAUCUUUAUCUGGUGAUGAUGAUGAUAACGUAGAAGAAGAAAAUAUAUUUCCUACAUCAGAACUAGACCGACUUUUAAAUGAUUUUACACAUUUAAACGAUGAUGAUGGCAAUGAAUUGUUUCCCGAUUUAUUUGAUGUUGAUAUUCCUACUGGUGACGAUGAAAUAACUGAGGGCACUUCUACAUCCCACCCAACUCAAAAUACUGAUUUUUUCAUUCCAUUUCAAACACCUACUAUAUCACCUAUGGUAAAUUUACCAUAUGUUGACAAAAAAGAUAUUAAGUGGGAUAUGAAACCAUUGUGGACAUUGAGAUUACUUUUUCAUGCUUUUGAUAUGGCAACUACUAAUUCAUGGCUACAAUACAUAAUUGAUUGUGAAGCUUUAAAAGUUCCAAAAAAAAAUACCUUAGAUCUUUUAUCAUUCAAACAUAUUUUAGCUGAAUCACUUAUACAAUUAGGUAAUUCAGUAUUGACUCCGACAAGGAAACGUGGACGUCCUUCAUCAUCCCCAAAACCUGAUGUUCCCAAGCCCCCAAAAAAGCAUCGUAAAGUAGAUUCAAAAAACCCCCCAUUACAAAUUAUAAAAGAUAGAAUUGAUCACUUUGCUUUUAUCGAUAAUCUAAGAGAUGGAACAUUAUAUGUUUAUCCGUAUCUGAAUGAAAGCUUUAUAUAUUUAGAAGGUGAAGUAUCAGAUGCUGGAAAAGUAAAACUUACUAAUAACGGGUUUUCCUAUCUCUUUGAACAAAUACAACUUGAAAUCAAUGGAAUAGAAGUAGAUAGUACACGUGUACUUGGUAUUACCAGUUCGUUAAAAGGUUAUCUAUCAGAAUCGUACUAUGAAAAAAGUAUUCGGAACCCGAUAUUAAGCCCAUCUACAUUUCAAGCUCCAAUUAUUGUUAUCGAUACGUCAAAACAGAAUGAUUCAGCUACAGCUUCAUCAGUAGAUGUUCAAUUAGAAAUUGAAGCAUCAGAAUCUCUUUCAGGUGUAACUGCUUAUUGGUUUCAGCGAGAUUUGAACAAAGAAGUGCUAAAAAAGACUAAAGCGUUUUCCUUCAGGUCAGACACUGUUGACUUGGCAUCACCCACUCAAUUGAGUUGUGGCAAUUUGCAAGGUAUUAAAUCAGAUGAUGUCAUUAGAAAAAUCAGAUCAGAGGCCUUGACUGCUGAUGAUUAUGAUAAAGAUGAUUUUCAUGAUAUUCUAUUGAUGUGUAACGAUAAAGAAAGCAACUUUGUACAGCAUGUAGGUAUACCGUCUGUACACUCCUAUAGUAAAGAACAGUUGGACAUACUAAAAAAACUAAUUAAAAAUCAAAAAUCAGUAACUGGUUAUUUGGAUGCAACUGGUACAUUGGUCAGGAAAAUUGACAAGAACACCAAAAGAGUAUUUCCAAAAACUAAAUUUGGACAACAAAACAGAUCAUUUUCUUGUACAUACUAUAAAAAAUUUCCAUGGAUUGAGUAUAGCAUUAAAAAUGAUGCUAUUUUUUGUUAUGCUUGUCGUUUAUUUUCAAAAGACUCUGGCCAUGUUGAACAAACAUUUAUUAGUAUUGGAUUUAAUAAUUGGAAAAAAUUAAGUGGUUAUAGAGAUUCAAAGGUUAAUUGUACAAAACUUGAGUUACAUAACAGUUGUAUACAUCAUUUAACUGCUAUGUCUAAAUGGUUAGGUCAUAACUCAAUGCAAAAAAAUGGGUCUGUUCAUAACAAAAUUGUUUCUGCAAGUAUGCAACAAAUAAAAGAAAACAGAACCUACAUGAUGCAGUUAAUUGAAAUAACAUUGUUUUUAAGUAAACAAGGAAUUGCUUUUAGAGGCCAUAGAGAAAACGAGUUUUCUAUAAACAGAAGAAAUUUUAAAGAAACUUGCCAAAUGGUUGCUAAAUUUGAUGAAAUAUUUGCAAAUCAUUUUUAUUCCAACAACUAUACAAGUUGGUCUGUGCAGAACACUAUUAUUGAUGUAUGUGCUAAGAAAAUUAAUGAUUUUAUUUGCAAUGAAAUUAAAGAAUGUGGUGUAUUUAGUGUAAUGGUGGAUGAAGCAAGAUCUUUCAAUGAAGAGCAGCUUUCUUUUUGCAUAAGAUAUACUAAAAAUUUAGAUGUUGUUGAACGGUUUUUAACUUUUCUAAAUGUAUCAGAGAAACAAGAUGCUGAUUCAUUGAGUACUAUUAUGUUUAAUUAUUUGGAUGCAAGUAACAUCGCUCAAAUACCAAUAGUCGCACAGUCAUACGACGGAGCUAGCGUGAUGUCUGGCCGAUUUAAUGGUGUGCAACAAAAAGUAAAGUUGAGACACCCAUGUGCCAUCUAUACUCACUGUAUGGCACAUAGAGUCAAUUUAAUUGUAAUUGACAUGUGCAAGAUAGUUAAGGAGACCCGAUAUGUGUUUAAUUGUCUUGAAUCCAUAUAUAUUCAUUUUUCUAUGCCAACAAAGAACUUCAAAUUUAAAGAAAUUCAAAAACAACUAGGUUUGAAAAAAAUAUCUAUCACAGCAAUAAGUGAUACACGUUGGAAUUGCAGAGUCAAAAAUUGUACUUCAGUUAAACAUAAUUUUAAAGCAAUAAUUGAAGCAUUAAAAGAAAAAAUUGAGAAUUCUAAUGAUCGAGAUGUUUCCCAGGCCUUAGGAAUUUUAUCUAUAAUGAAUACGGUUUCAUUUAUUUUUCAUCUCAUUGUCUUGGAAGAUAUAUUACAAGUUAUCAAUAUUCUUAGCACCCAGUUACAACAAAAAACAGCUACAUUGGGCAAAGCUGGCCUAGUUAUUGAAGGUGUAAUAAAAACGUUUGAAGAGAAACGUUCAGAUAAGUAUUUUUCUGAAGUAUGGUCUACUGUUGAAUUGUUUUCUGAAACUCAUGGUAUUGAAACACCUAUAAAAGAUUGUACAGCUAAGAGAUUAAAAAGAGAACCAAAUCAUUUGAAGGAUUUCCAUUUAUCAUCAACCACAAGCACUGAACAAAUUGAUGAAAAUGAAAAACACUGGCGAAUAAUUUAUUUCAAAUUAAUUGAUACUAUUGUUACAAACAUAAAAAAAAGAUUUUCCACUGAAAGCCUAAAAAUGGCAACAGCAGUUGAUAAUUUUAUGAUGUUAAAUUAUGAUGAUAGCACUUUUUUCAUUGAAAAUUAUAAAGAGUUGUUCAAUAUUGACUUAAAUGCUCUUAAAAGUGAAAUGAUGGUGGUAAAAAAUUGUGUCCUUCGAUCAAGCAUAAAAUUACAGAUUGAUUUUGAUAAAAUAAAAGAAGUGGUACAAUCUGAAAUUUAUCCAAAUUUAUACACUUUGUUGAAAGUGGCUCUAUCAAUUCCUGUUAGUUCUGCCACGUGUGAGCGUUCUUUCUCCACUAUGAGAAGAAUUAAAAAUUGGUUGCGCACAUCGAUGGAUCAGGAGCGAUUUUCCAGUUUGGCAAUAAUAAAUAUCGAAAGAGAUGUAUCAAAUCAGCUUAAAGCUGAGGAUAUACUUUUUGAGUAUGCUAAGACCAAUAAAAGGUUACAAUUAUAAUUUGUUGUUUGUUUAUUUUGAUUGAUAUAUUAUUAUAUUAAAAAUUAAAAUAAUUUAAUAAA